AGUAGCGUUAGGCAUGUUUUUAGUUAUUCGUUCCAGCUUUCGUAUUGAAUUACUGUUUGGAAGUAUCAAACGAAUGCGAUUAGAUAGUGUUUUUUAUCAACCAAACUCUAACGUCAGCGUUGUGUUUCCAUAACGCACCGUUGUAAUUUAAUAAAAACAUAUACUCCCAACUCCUGAAGCAGCUGUCUCAACCAACACGCGUUUCCCAGAGCGUGGAAGUUCCACGCUGCGCCGCCAGAUGUCACCGCCGCACCGCAACACAGUCGAUUACCACAUGUUUUCGCAUACAAAAAAUCGCCUAUACUCUAUUUGGCUGUAUCACCUUGGCAUAACAUUCUCCUUCUGUGUUUAAUGUUAAACCGAAAAUUGUAAUACUGAAUAAAUAUUCCGUAGCAAAACUUACAUAUUUACAAAAUCACACCGUAUUCAAUAGUUCUCUGCGGUCUUAUUUCUGCGUGACAGAGAGAUCAACAACAGAGUCCUCUACACCAGUCUAAGCCGGUCAAGUCUGUGCUGGGGGGAAAAAGGCAGACUAAAGUCCGUUGGCGUUGGCUGGCGAUAGAGUGGGUGUUGUUGUGUAGUCCUACUAAGUCUACUUGCUGUGGAGGGCACAGAGUUGUGUUAGCUGGAGAUAGAGUGUACGUGUUGUGUAGUCUUACUGAGUGUACUUGCUGUGAGGGCACUGAGGAGUACAUGUGUGUAUAGUUCUUCAACCCUGGACUCAAGACAGGUGUCUUCUCAGGUGGAUCAGUGAGGCAAUAUGGAGCAGCCCAUUGGUCCGUUGUCGUCGUUUGACUACGACCUGCUGGUCGUAGGGGCGGGGUCAGGAGGUCAAGCUGUUGCCAAGGAAGCCGUCGGGUUUAAUAAAAAAGUUCUGGUGAUUGACCCUGUGACCCCAUUUUCUGAAGGCACCACUUCAGCUCCUCUCCUCUCUUCUCCUCUCUCCUCCAUCCUCGCUCCUCUCUUCUCUUUCCUCUCAGUUCUGGGAUGGUCCAGUGUAACCAUGGCGACCGUGAGGAAGCUGCUACACAGGGCGUCCCAGUUGGGACAGGACAUUCAGGACUCACAGAAAUAUGGCUGGAGAUUUAAAGAGACAGCCUCCCACAGCUGGGGGGGCCUCUCAGACGCUCUGUUGGGCCACGCAGAGUCCUGCGUCCUGGGGGUCAGGAGGGACCUGACCGAGUGCGGCGCUGCCUACCUCAGGGCCGGCUGGGAGAUGCUGGCCCCUCACGUCGUAGAGGUGACAGACACCGAUGGAAGGAAGUCCCGCCUCUCUGUGGGGACGCUGGUCAUCGACCCCGGGGAGCGACCUCGCUACCCUGGGGUACCGGGAGACAGGGAGCACUGUGUCACCAGUAACGAGCUGUUCUCCAGGCCUCGCCCGCCCGGCCGCACCCUGGUGGUGGGCGGGUCUCCGGAGGGGGUGGAGUGUGCUGGCUUCCUGGCCGGCCUGGGUCACGAGGUCACUCUCAUGCUGCCGACCUCUGACCUCCUGCCAGGCUUCGACCUCAAGCUGUCCCAGAAGAUCGAGAACCACAUGCUGGUGCACGGAGUCCACUUCCUGUACGAGCACACACUCAGCAAGGUGGAGCAGAUAGGUGCUCAGGAUGAGGGCGUUUCUGCAGCGGCGUUGCUGGGGCCCCCGGGGGGCCUGAGGGCGAGCCUGCUCUCCAGGGACGGACCCGCCACGCAGGAGGACUUCGAUACGGUCCUGCUGGCUGCAGGGAUGGAGCCCAGUACCUCUAACAUCGGACUAGAGCGAGUUGGGGUGAAAUGUAGCCCAGAUGGGCGGGUCCUAGUGAACGAGCUGGACCAGACCAGCGUGGACCACGUCUACUGCCUGUGCUCCUCCUCCUCCUCCUCCUCCUCCUCCUCCUCCUCCUCCUCCUCCUCCUCCUCCGGCCUGGGACCCCACUGCCCCUCCCCCGUCCUCAGGGCCCGGUCUGGGAGGCUCCUGGCCCACAGACUGUAUGGAGGGCCCACCCCCCCGUGUGAUUACAGCAACAUCCCCUUGGUUCUGUUUACUCCACUCGAGUAUUCUGCCUGCGGUUUGUCUGAGGAAAGAGCCAACGCAACGUUCGGAGAGGCAAACAUAGAGGUUUAUCACAGCUACUACUGGCCCCUGGAGUGGACCGUCCCCCCGAGGGACAAGAACUCCUGCUACGUCAAAGUCAUCUGCCACGUUCCUGACCAGGAGCGCGUGGUGGGCCUCCACCUCAUGGGUCCCCACGCCGGGGACAUCGUCCAGGGCUUCAGCGCCGCCAUGACCUGCGGCCUCACCAAGAGACAGCUGGACGCCACGGCGGGCCUGCAGCCCACGGCUGCACAGGUUCUGACCAGUCUCACGGUGACCCAGCGCGAGUCUGAAGCCAUGAUGGUCCGGGGAAACUGCUGAGGUUAAGCCCGCCCCUGCUGUCAAUCACCGGUGUUCCCGGCGACCGGUGAGGGCUGCAGGGAGCUGAUUGGCCCGUGGCGUGACCAGCGGCAGACUGGCAGCCAGCCAGCCAAUGAAGUCCUUGCGUUAAACCUUAUCGAAAGGUGGGCGGGGCCUGAUAACCUGCCCCUGAUCAUGUUUUUGAGGCGAUAACAUGAGUCGUCCUCAUUCAUAUUAUUGAUAACUGAUUAUUGAUUGUGGACUAUUGAUUAAUGUUGAUUAAUGAUUGAUUAUUGAUUAAAGGUACUGUAGGUACGAUUUAAAAAAAGAAAGAAAAAGGGAACGGCUCCAUUGUGGUUGGCUGCCCUGGCCUCUGAAUGAGGCAAUGUAGAUCUUGGACCACUCCUAGUUCAUUUCUGACCAAUCACGUCAUCUGUUCCCUGAUUGGGUCGGGAAUCCAUCCUGCCGGUCAAUCACAGGUGCGUGAAAUGCGCCACUUCUCAGUGACAGCGAAUCAGAGG